AAUGGUUUCACAGCUCUCAUUUCCUGUCAGUGAUGUGCAAGUUCCUCAUUCAACAAACUUCUAGCCAUCACAUUUCACCAAGACUGAAAACAAGGUGCAGUGGACUAGUGAAUAUGUAUAUCGUGUGAUAUCAGCAUAACCGAUCAGCAGAUUUGAUCAAAUCCUUUGUGCAGAACAACAUCUGGACUUCAUUAGUAAACUGCAUGUUAAUCUGCUUACAGGCAUCACCCAUGAAGAAAUCAUGAAAUCCAUUCUCAGUACUUGGGCACUAUUUUUAAUGCUUCCAUGGAAACUAACUGGUGAAACAACUCUCAGGCCAAGCAGCACCGGGCAGCAUGAAGAUACUUCUAAAGAACAUGAAACAACCGUAAGGGCUGAUGAAGUCACCAUUUUCUCUCCAAAAAACAUUGAAACUACUUUGAAACCACAUGGUGAAACAACCCAUAACCCAAGCAGCACCGGGCAGCAUGAAGAUACUUCUAAAGAACAUAAAACAACCAUAAGGGCUGAUGAAUUCACUAUUUUCUCUCCAAAAAACACUGAAACUACUUUGAAACCACAUGGUGAAACAACCCAUAAUCCAAGCAGCACCAAGCUGUUUAAAGGUACCUCUACAGAUGAUGAAACAGCCAGAAGGGGUGAUGAACCCACCAGUUUCGUUCUAAAAAACCAAGAUGAGUACACCACUGAGGAACGUGAAAAUGCCUUCUCUACAAAACCGCUCCCACAAACUUCAGAGCCCCAACAUGUUACAAGUAUGAGUCAUGCAGAGUAUCUAACUCACACAACGACCAUCUCUACAGAAGAAAGUACGCCCUCUUCACAUCUCUCCUCCUUGUCUUUCGCGGCCGAAUUUCCACAAAAAAAGACAGACCAAAUUGCAAUUACACCGCUGACACAGAAUGUGCCAGAAGAGGUUAUUACCACCAGAGAUGACAAUCAAACAUUACAUAAUUUUAAGUUCACUGAUAAAGGUCUUGAUAGAUACAAUCAAGGAAAUAAAACUACUGGAUCUGCAGAGAAAGAAUCCUUCAAGUCACAGACUGUUAUUUCUACUCCGUUCCAAAAAACUUCAGAGGUUAUUACAAAAUCAGGAAUAGAAGUACAAACUAUAGAAACACUGAAUACUAAAAUGCCUUCACUUCACCAAGAAAAAAGGACACAUCCUCCAACACUCAUCACCAAUUCAAAUGGAACUUUGGGCAUUACCAACGAAGAAAGUAAUGGCACAGCCACAUACCCAGUCAACACAACCACUGGUCUUAGUUCAACUGUUAACACAAAGGUUGGUACGACUGAUGAUAUGGAAGCAACAUAUGAAAUAACCACAGAAGGCAUUAGAAAUAGAAAAAUUCCCAACCCUAAUAGUGAGACAACCUCCACCACCAAAGCUACACCACCAAAACCUCCCAUCAAAGAUGGUGAUAAAAAAAGGCAUCCAGGACCCAUAGUAGCCUCCUUGAUUGGCAGUAUUCUGCUUCUUAUGCUUGUAGCAUUUGCUGUGGCUUUCAUAAGAAGUCAUAAAAUGAAGAAAAAGCAGAUGGAGUAUUCUGACUGGGCUGGCCCAUCACCAUUUAUCGAAGCUGGUAGCCAUUCUAACCUACCAACCAUAAAGGAGGAUGGAUCAUUCCACAAUCUGGAGUCCAAAAGAAUUUCUCUCCGUUCAUUCAUUCCCCAGCAGCUUUCCAAGCGGCUCUCCAUGCUGAACUCCAUGAACGAGGACAUCCCCCUUCAGGACACUCAAGCAAGCAGUACGUUUGGGGAACAUAAUGCCCAACCACUAAAUGGAAAAGCAACCCCAGACCAAAUUCAGAUACAUGAAGCAUACAAUCCAGCAGCUGAGAUCUCUUCAGACUCCAUUCCAGAGACUGGAAGCAUUCUUCCAGCUACUGAAGACAAUGAGAAUAUCCAAACACCACCUAAACUUGAUAAUGAUGAUAGCACUCCAUCUUCACCUGUAGAGAUAAAUAAUGUAACUCCAGCUCCAUUUGAAGAUGUGGAUCUUAAUCUUUCUCCGGACAAGAAUACUGAACCCACAUCACCAUCAGAUGCUAUACACAUCCCUUCACCACCACCGCUGCCGCCAUCUUAGAGAUGUGGAAAAAACAUCAGCAACCACAAGCUAUUAAAGACAAUAUAGCAUUUUGUGUACUUUUAAAACAAAUGCUUCUGUCAAAAAAAACCAAAAAAAAAAAAAAAAAAAAAAAAAAACACCCCGAAACACAUUUGUACAUAGUACAGAAGUGGAGAAAAAGAUGCAAUCCCCAAGACAUAAGCUUUGUCAAUUAGUUCCCUUAGUGUUGGUGGUCAUCACUUAAAGGUCAAAGGCAAUGGUUGGAGGUGAAACGUAGAAUAUCAACUUUACUGUCGAGAAGAACAACCCAAAAAGCGAAUUAAAUCUUCCUGGUGUCUAAUUUGCACCUUAAAAUUGAAUAAAAUGGUUAAAAUAUACUGUUUUGGGCAAAUUCCGAAGGUUUGUUUACAUCACUUACUCGCACUUUCACCGCCAGGGGACCGUCGUUGUGACGUCAUUCAGGCCAAACAGACUGGGAGCAGUUCUGAGUUUACUUGCGAACCGAGCACAGGUGUACGGACUUUGGUCAUGAGAGGUUGUGUAAAAUAUCUGAAAGCGAUAGCGAUUUUGAGGUAGGAACUCUCCAAAUUGAAUAUCAAGAGGUGAAACCAUAUAUGUAUGAACCUAUGGCCAUUGCGAAGCCAUAGUGGAUAUAGGUAACAAUUACUUGACAGUGCGCCAGUAGGCCACAUUAGCCUGCCACCCGCGGUAUUUCCCCGGUGUCAAUAUAUUGGACCUGACAUCUCAUCUCGUCUAUCAAUUUUUUUUUCAACUACCGAGCAUUUAAAUGAAAACGGUAAAAAUGUUUACCUCCAAUCUUCUUUUUCUUGAGCGCUGCUGGUCCGUUUCUUCUUUGACUGCGCACAAUCCACUCUCUCCGCUUCGUCUUAUCUUUCGAAAAAAGUCAAGACUCCCACUUCACACGCACAAUCCACUCUCUAAGCCUCGUCUCCUCUUCCAGAAAAAGCCAACCCUCUCGCUCCGCCUCUUCUCUUCCGGAAAAAGCCAAUGCACUCUCUCUGCCUCUUCUCCUCUCUCGGAAAAAGACAAAAACUUCUUCCUGAACCGGUCCCGUUGUUACAGUUCACUGCACAACAUAAGGCAUGGUUUUUCUUUGUAAAUUCCCGAACGCACGUCUGCACUCAAGCCGAACGGCAAUGCAAAUACACGGAAGUGGACUCAACUCAAGUGGUUUGUCUUGAAUGACAUCACGCGCCGAAUGGUCACAAAAAAAAAAUCGCCGAACAGAAAUUCACUGCGAUCCGCGCUAGCUUAUUCUAACUUAUUUUAAUUAUUACUUAUUAACAAUACUUCUUGGGACCUGAAGAAAAUUAGAGGGUUUAACAUAUAAAAUUUCAAAUGUGCAUAAAUUGAAAACUGUUCUUGCUGUAAUUCAUGUAAAAAUAAAGGUAGUAGUGGUAUAAGUAUUACAAAUUAAGCCACACACACAGCGCCGGUCGUCGGAGUUUUUUUUUUUUAAGCCAUCAGUUGGCUCUAACCAGUUUUAUUUUACUUCACGCACUGAGUGUCUGACACUUUCUAGGUAGUAGUGGUAUAAAUAAUAUUACAAAUUAAGCUACACACACACCUGGUGUGGAAAUUUAAAAAAAAAAAAAAAAAAAUUUUAAAACCCCCCCCACCCCAUAAAAUUAAAAGUUAAAAAAAGAAAGUUAUGUUGAGUAUGAAAACUCUUGUUCAUUACAUCUCAAUCGCAACCGCAUGUGUUGUAUUCAUUGUUGCAAAACUUGUUCUGUAAAUAGUUCGUUUGCUAUCAUGAUCAAAACCACUGAUCUGAAGCUCAAUGCUGAUGCUGUCCUGUACAUAGUUUUCUAAUCAGCAAUAAAUAUAACAAUUUCUGAUCAACCCACAUCAAUUGCAUGCUUAAAAUAACAUACUGGUUAAAGCCCCGCCCGUUUCAAGACCAGACCCACUUCCGGGUUAAAUCCCGCCCACUCCGAAUAUGGAUACAGAUAAUGCUGUACUUGCUCAUCCUUAAUAGAAACUUGUAUAUGCUGGCUUUAAAGCAAUAGUCAAAAUGGAGCAUCCCAAACAAUCCAUACAUACAAUCGGUUACAUGUAAAGAUGCUUUUCUUCAAAAGAACCAGGAAGAAAGAAAGAAGGGGAGAGAAAAACAAAACAUACACCAAUACAGUACA